AUGUAUCCAAGAUUAUGCAGUGAUGAGUGCUCGAUGCAAUCAGGCUGCAAGCCUCAUACAACAAAUCUGGUGGGAUCUUCCACCAUUUUAUCCUCAGAGCCAGUGAAUCCAGAUCAGGAUGACGUUUAUCUCAGCAGCAAAGGAACGCUGGAAAAGGUCAAGAAUUUUGCAGUAUGUUCCUCCCUAGGCUACAGGAUCAAAGCUUCUUUUUUAAAAGGUUGCUGCAGGCCCAAUGAGACAGUCAGUCGUGACGGAGAAUAUAAACAACAGUUUGUGUCUUUCGUGGCAGUGCAUGCUACUCUUGGGGGGUUGACUGUGAAGACAAUUUCUCCAGAGAAAUGUGUUGCUCUCAUUAGGGAAACAAUAGGAACAGAAAACAGACACAUGGGCAGUAUGUGGAAUUUGGAACUUCAGGUGCACUUUUACUUGAAGUCAAGGACUGUAGCGAUCAGGACUUGUAAAGAAACCAAGCAUGUCAGUGCUCCGACCAAAGCUUCUGACUCUCUGAAAGCCUUCCUCCUUGUCUUCUGGGUGGUUGAUGUGCUGGCCCUCCUCAGAUUGCAUGACUUCAUCCUCGAGUCUUUUGAAAUAACUAAUGUUAAGCCCCUUAAAGGAGACCACCUGUUCAGUGCAGUAGGAAGAAUCACCAGCAACAGAGGUAAAACCAAAUUCACCAUAGAGAAUGGGACAUGGGCAUGGAUAGUUUUGGCUGAUGUGAAAGUUCAUACCCUUGACUCUUUCCAAAACAUCAAGAUGGAGAGAACUGCCAUCUGCAACCUCACCCUGGGAAAUCCUCCCUCAAAGGUUUAUGGCAGGGGCUAUUUGGUUUAUGGCAACAUUCGAGCUGUGGCUAGCAGAUCAGCAGAUUGA